AACAUUUUAUUCAUCUUUAUUUCAUUAUAUGUACUUUUUUUUUUUUUUAUCUACGCGCAUAAACUGUGUGCGCAAUUAUAUUAUCGCAGCAAUGAAAUAACUCAAAGUACGUCAGUGCCAUCAAUCCAAGUGACGUGCGUGUGUGUUGCGAGGAGGGAGGGCGGGCAGCAGAAACACACAAGUCCACGAUUGAACUACUGACUACAGUAUAUAAGGUUGUGGCCACUGGCUCAGAGAGAACCACAGGAGCAAGACGCAGGAAAAACGAGAGCAAUUGUUGCUGUUUCAAUGGGCUUUAAUUGAACUCUGCAGGUGAAAAAGUCAGGAGCAGGAUCAUCAACUCUGACAAAAACAAAAAAAAAAAUCUUUUCAGCUUCCCAGUUAGGUUACAGUUUCAGCCUUUAGCGAAGAUGCUGUGGAGGGUGACCGUUGCCUUGGCCGUUAUGUGCGUCGGAGGCGCGUGCAACAGCGUGGGAGCCGACGUGAUGGGCAGACUGCUCAUGCCCAGGGACUAUCGGGUGAAACUGUGCGGGAGAGAGUUUAUCAGAGCUGUCAUUUUCACCUGCGGGGGCUCCCGGUGGAAACGGUCCACAGAGGAGGAGGAGCCGUUCCACUGGACUCCCCUCGGUGACGUUGCACCCGAAGCCGAGCGGAGGACCUGGCAGCAUGACACAGAUCUCAGAGACGAUAACUCUCCUCUCCCCUUUGCUGCCCCCGACUCGCUAGCUGACCUCUUGACCCUCUUCAGAGUCACAAACGGGAGACAACAAUCGUCUUCGAGCUUCCCAGACCUGCCGAGGGAGUCCAUAGCGUUAGGAGAGCCGGAGGAGAAUGAAGACGCAGCCGACCGGCUUGUGGCGAGCAAGAAGAAGAGAAACUUUUCUGUGGGCGUGGCGGGGAUGUGCUGUAACCAAGGCUGCACCAAGAACGAUAUCGGACGGUUGUGCUGAGGCGGAGAGGAGAAAAGGCUGGUGUGAUGAUGGAGAUUAGGCACUGUACAAUAAUUUGGUUUGAGCAAAAAGAAGAGAAACAUUUGGUCCAUAUUUGUUUAAUAGCAGCCAUUAACUGUUUGUCUUUGAACUUAUUUUAAUAAAAUUCAUGUUCUGUAUGUCGACUGUCGCCUUCCUUGAAACGUGAAUAAAUUUUAAGUACUGUGUUAAGGAGUCGUCCUGCAGAGUCAUUAUGCUUAAAUGACAGUGACUUUUUCUUGGCAUUUUUAUUUAUAUCUCUGAUAGCAAAAAGGCAAAGAAAUGAAUUUUAUUUGCCAUCAAAAACAAACAUCCAGACUUUAGAAAAACAAUACCAUAUCCUAACUUUAUGAUCCAAAUUAACAAAUCUUUUCUUUUGUGAAUUAAAUAAGUAAACGCAUCUUUUUUUUUUCUUUUUUUUUACGCCAAAUAUUUGUGAUCAUUCACUUUCACGGUCAAAACUCAAUCCAACCGGCUGGAAAUGAACGUGGGAAAGAACCGAGCAGUGUAAAGGUUUCUUUUUAUAAAAAUCUUUGGUCACGAAAUAAACUCACGCUGUACAAAUUAACAUAUAUGACCAUAAACACAAAUUCAUCAUUAGUAAAAGUUGCACAACUGAAACAAAGAUGCCCUUUUUCACAGCGUUAAAUAAAGUAAGCAUAAUUGACUACAAAAUACUUCUUUUUGUUCUUUUAAGUUCCAAUUUUUCAACAUGUUUUAUGAAUUUUUGCAGUUUGAGAUAUAAUAUUUUUUAACAAAGUAAUGGCACUGAAUUAAAUAAAAACAAUAUGAAUAAGGGUUUGUCAUUUAUGGCAGAAAAAGUUGAACAAUUAUUAAAGAUUAAUAUUUCACAAAAUGCGUAUUGUCCUUAAAGCCUUCAGUCAUCAAUAUCCAUCGUACUUUGUCUUAAAGGGGACCUAUUAUGUUUUCUGGAACAAGUUUGGAUAUGUCUAUGUCUACAAAACAUGUUUUGUUUUGGGUUUUUUGUACAAAAUCAUUCUUAGAUGAGAUUGCAGUCUGCUCAUUUCUGCUUAUUUGGAGCUCCUUUCAGAAUGAGAUGUUAAAUGGCAUCUUGUCACUUUAAAUCCAUAUCAGCUGCUGCUGGCCACGCCCCCCUAGUCAAUGUUUACACACACACUUUCCUACAUUAUACAUUAAGUCAACAACAAAUCACUUGUCUUUUCUAGUAGCCAUUGUAUAACGCAUACAGCAGUAAAACCAGCUGACCAAACAUGCUGGAGCUCUGCUAAGGUUGCUAGGUAACAGGGCAGGGCCUACCGAUUGCGACUGAAUAAUUGGGAGGUUUAUGAAAUGGCUCGUUUCCCUGAAACCAAAAAACAUGAACUUAUUUACAAAAAAAAGUAUUUUCUGGGUGUUUUUUUGUUUUAAAUCCCUUGAACUGUUUUUUACUAGCAGCUGAGACCCAAAUUGAAGUGUGAAUGUGAACUUUCCAUAAUAGUUCCCCUUUAAAUAUUCCCAAAAUAGUGACAUGAAACAAAGAAAAAAAAA